AGAGUUUGUCAUGGGAUAACAUGAAGACUUGGCGAGAGGGAACACCUCUGGUUGUCGUGGGGAGCUCAACUCAGCUCACUCUAAUGGCAAAUUAUUACCUGACGAUGUCUAUGGCCCCGUCGCCGAUACUAACGAGGUCACCACUUUUGCCGUCGUCUCCGUCAACGGCAAGUCGUUUCGUGAAACCUCUGCGUUGUGCGCGGGUUCAACAACAACAGGGUUGGGUUUGUGAUAUAGUUGUUAUAUAUCCUGACAAUGGCCCAGUUAUUUUGAAGGUUGAGGGUGGGAUUUUGUGUGAGCCUUGCAAUGGUAGAGGAUGGUUAGUUUGUGAGUUUUGUAAAGGGCAAAAAACCAAUGUGAAGGCUGAAAACAAUCGGAUCUACCGUCGAUGUCCAUCUUGUAGAGCUGUUGGAUAUGUCCUGUGUACAAGUUGCAAAGUAUACAAAUGUGUAACAUUCCCAAAUUAUAGGGAUGGUGAUGAAUUGUCCUUUUGAGUGAGCCUCUCACUAAUAAUACUAAGCAUAAAAGCUUUAUCCAAUUUGUAUAAUUUUCCAAGUCUGAUUUAUGUGAUUCUUUUAUCAGUCAACAAGCUUUUCUUUCAGUGAGACCAUCUUGCAAAUUGUAUUAAAAAAUAACAAAUUUAUUUAUUUUUAUCUUAUCUAUUUGUUUCUGAAUGUGUAAAGAAAAACUUGCCUCUUCAACCGUUAUAUUAAAGGAUUGAAAGAGACUAUUCCUUUACUAAAUCUUCAUUAUUAUGGACCA